UCCAGCAGGCAAGUAGUGCUGUGAAUGGCGAGAUCACCGGUGUCUUUAUCCAACCGCCUGCUCCGGCAAGCCUCCCGCCCGGCGCAAAUCAGAAACCUCGGCGGCGAAGAAUCUGCACGGACCUGUUCUCAGCAGGAGCAGGAGAGUCUGUCCGGGAUCGCGAAAGAGGUUUCCAAUAUCAUUAGGACUAGACCCAGGUGGGAACAAUCUCUCAUCUCCGAUUUCCCCACCGUCGAUUUGUUCGACCCUAAAUUUGUUCACGAGCUUCUGAAGCAGCAAAACAAUGUCUUUCUCUCUCUCCGUUUCUUUCUCUGGCUGAGUUCUCGUCCUGGCUUUGUGCCCGAUAAAUCGAUAUGCAAUGUGAUUUUUGAUCGUAUUGUGGUGGCCAAAGCUGGCAAUGCUGCGAAAUCGUUUAUGGGUCUUGUAGAUUUUGCUCCGCCGCCUGCUUCUUUAGAGGCUUAUUGUAGGUGUUUAUGGGAAAAUGGGUCAAUCGAGGAUGCACUUGAUGUGUUUGAUGAAAUGCGAGAUCGUUGUAUAUGCCCGUCACUGGAGACGUGGAAUUCGGCUUUGCUCGGAUCAGUUCGAGCGGAGCGCACAGAUACUGUUUGGAAGUUGUACGGUGAGAUGAUGGAUUGUGGUGUUGCGGGGGAUGUGGACACAGUUGAGUGUUUAAUUCAGGCCUUUUGUAUUGAUAAUAAUGUUUCAAAAGGUUAUGGGCUUCUCAGACAAGUUUUGAGAAAUGGGUUUGUUCUUACAAAUGCUACUUUUAGUAAAUUGAUAUCUGGAUUUUGUAAGGAUGGGUGUUAUUCUAAUGUAUCUGCUCUUCUUCGUACUAUGAUUGCGAAUAACUGUCGCCCUGAUAUUUCUACAUAUCAGGAAAUUAUCAACGGUCUAUGCAAGAGAAAAAUGGAACUCGAAGCAUUUCGAAUUUUCAAUGAUUUGAAGGAUAGAGGGUAUGCUCCUGAUAAGGUCAUGUACACCACAAUGAUACAUGGUCUUUGUAAGAUGAAAUGGAUUGGAGAGGCUCGAAAAUUGUGGUUUGAGAUGGUUCACAGAGGAAUACUUCCAAAUGAAUACACAUAUUGUGCACUCAUUUAUGGGUUAUGCAAGAUUGGUAAUCUUGAAGGUGCAAAGAAUUUGUACAAGGAAAUGUGUUUUCGUGGUCAUAAAGAGACAACAGUGAGUUGUAACACUUUGAUAAAAGGGCUGUGUUUGCAUGGGAAAACAGAGGAAGCUUUUCAGUUGUUUCAAGAAAUGUCUGACAAGGGUAUCGUUCCCGAUAUUAUCACAUACAAUUAUUUGAUUCAAGGCUUCUGCAGGGAGGGGAGAAUAGUUGAAAGUACAAAUCUUUUGGAUAAACUCCUGAAGGAAGGUUUGCAUCCUUCAACUGCCACUUAUGACACCCUCAUAAAAAAGUUUUGUGAGAUUGGAAAUGUGGAUGGAGCAAAAAAGUUGUGGAAAGAUAUGAAAAAUAGGGGUGUGGAACCAGCCAAAUCUACUUAUGACUUCAUCGUAAUUGGACUGAGCAAGGAAGGGUUUCUUGGUGAAGGGAUGGAAUGGUUAGCUGCAAUGCUGAAAAGUAAGCUCAAACCGGAAAAACAAACCUUUGAGAUACUUAUCAUAUGCCUCUCACAGGGAGAUAAGCUGGAUGAGGCUUUAUUUGUUUUAGAUUAUAUGUUUAAUUUUGGUUAUACCCUCAGUAAACACAUUUUCCAUUCUCUAGUCGAUAGAUUAUGUCAAGAGAAUUCCUAUCAUGUUGGGACACAUCUAAAGGUUAUCCUGCAAGACAGAAUUGCAACAUCAGAAGCUUCAUAGACACUUUCUUAUUCACUACUUUUUGUUAUCAUUAAUUUACAAUAGGCAGUGUUCUGAUUUUUAACAUUUUUGUGCAAGAACUAGCAUUAAGAAUUGUUGUUGUUUUCAGUAUUCCCCUUUGUUACUUCUUAAGGAACAUUGAGCAUACUCUCAUUGUAACUGUGCUCCAAACCAACCCCCCCCCCCCCCCCCCCCCCCCCCCCAAAAAAAAAAAAAAAAAAACAAAAACCCCAGGGGAGUGGGGAACUGCAUUAGUGUAUGCUUAAUUCUGUGAAAAUAUGCUGCUCAAGGAAAGGCUAUGGGAGAGAACAGGAGGUUCAGGAAGUGUGGGUUGUCGAAAAGACUUCUGCACUAAGAGUUUGAAAGGUUGGUUACUCUGCUUCAGUGUAACUGAAUCAAAGAAUUGCAAGUGAAUUAGCUGGUGAAGUAUGGCUCUGCUUGCUAGUUGUACUUUGGUAGUUAUGGCUGUUAGUUUUGCUACUGAUGAUUGUAAUUUCAUAGUUGUAACUCUUAGCUACCACUAGUCCAAAAAACAAAAGAAAAAGGUAGAAAAUCAGGUAAGAAGAAUGUUUUUUCUUUUUCUUCUUUUAAAUGGGGUUUCAUUUCCAAAUGUUGCAAUUUUAAGCAGAGAUGCAAGCGUUGCUUUCUUGCAGGGAGAAGAGGCUUUUACAGCAGGCUUCCCAGCUAUGCGCCUCUCUCUCCCCCCCUCUGUGUGUGUGUGUGUGUGCGUGUGCGCCGUAGUCCCAUCCCUACGAAACUGAUGGUAAAUUCAAGCAUAAAGAACAGACGCAAGAGGAUAUACCUAUACCCCAUGUACUCCAAUCUCUACUCUCUAUUUUUAUUUUCAUACAUCUUCGUACACUGUUUAUAUACUAUCCCACCUCAACUAUUCUAACUUAAGAAUCAGAAGGCAACUCCUCACUAGUCCUUUGACUGUUUCGCAGGUCUACCAGCAGCACUUACGCUAAUCAAUCGAUCUGAACCUAGACGGUUCAGAUCCUCGCGCCAUCAUCAUUAGCGUUCCUUUGACUGUUUUACUGGUCCAUCAGGGCUGUUGUGCUCCUCUGUUGGUCUGACAUUGAUCGUGUAGCUUCUUGUGUCAUCAGCUAAUCUGCGGGGAAAAUGCAAUGAUGGGAAAGCUAAAUCAGCUUGUUUGACGCCUCAUAAUUCAACUAUAAGCCAUCAAGAAAAGAGGAUUUUUACCCCAUGGCAAGUAGUGUGAGGGCCCAUGUUGUAAGUGAAGAGG